CACAUCGGGCUGGACUUCGGGCAGAGGCAAAUCGGAUCACCAGGCGAAAGCAGCAGGCAGCGGGCCACCAGGCGGAGCAGCAGGCCCCGGGCCACCAGGCGGAGCAGCAGGCCCCGGGCCCCCAGGCGGAACAGCAGGCACCGGCCCCCAGGCGGAGCAGCAGGCACCGGGCCCCCAGGCGGGGCGACAGGCAUCGGGCCCCCAGGCGGGGCGACAGGCAUCGGGCCCCCAGGCGGGGCGGCGGGCGCCGGACCCCCAGGCGGAGCAACAGGUCUCGGGCCCCCAGGCGGAGCCACAGGGUCUCGGGCCCCCAGGCGGAGCGGCGGGCGCCGGACCCCCAGGCGGAGCGACAGGUCUCGGGCCCCCAGGCGGAGCGGCAGGCGCCGGACCCCAGGCGGAGCGACAGGUCUCGGGCCCCCAGGCGGAGCGGCGGGCGCCGGAACCCCAGGCGGAGCGACGGGUCUCGGGCCCCCAGGCGGAGCGGCAGGCGCCGGG